ACGGGGGAGUGCGUCCGUCUCAUCAUCAUCCUUGUCCUCCAGCUGAUCCUUCGCGUCCGCCGCCACCGGCAGCAGUGCUGCCGCCGCGUCCUCUGCCGCCGCCCCCUCCUCCCACGAAUUUCUGCUUUUCACGGGACGUGCAUCUGCAGGCUCUAUAAGCGCGCUUAUUGCGAUAAGACUCAAAGUGCAGCAAAUCCACAUCUGUGAGCUCUCCAACCGCAUCUGUCACCUGCCGAUCAUUCUGAGGCUUCACUGGCAACAGCUUAGCCUGGGCUUGUGUAUUUAGGGGAUGUGAUCUUCGUGGUGGGACCCUAAGUUUUUAAACUACCCCAAUGGAUGCAGACAGCGAUGUUGCAUUGGACAUUCUGAUUACAAAUGUAGUCUGUGUUUUUAGGACAAGAUGCCAUUUGAACUUAAGGAAGAUUGCUUUGGAGGGAGCAAAUGUAAUUUAUAAGCGUGAUGUUGGAAAAGUAUUAAUGAAGCUUAGAAAACCUAGAAUUACAGCUACAAUUUGGUCCUCAGGAAAAAUUAUUUGCACUGGAGCAACAAGUGAAGAAGAAGCUAAAUUUGGUGCCAGACGUUUAGCACGCAGUCUACAGAAACUAGGUUUUCAGGUGAUAUUUACAGAUUUUAAAGUUGUUAACGUUUUGGCAGUUUGUAACAUGCCAUUUGAAAUCCGUUUGCCAGAAUUCACAAAGAAUAAUAGACCUCAUGCCAGUUAUGAACCUGAACUUCAUCCUGCAGUGUGCUAUAGAAUAAAAUCUCUAAGAGCUACAUUACAGAUUUUUUCAACAGGAAGUAUCACAGUAACAGGGCCCAACGUCAAGGCUGUGGCUACUGCUGUGGAGCAGAUUUACCCAUUUGUGUUUGAAAGCAGGAAAGAAAUUUUAUAAUUGAUCACUUCAUUGGUUAGAAUCCCUAUCUGAGCACCUUUUAAAACGUGCUGCACAUUGGACUCAAAACAAAAGGAAACUGGACCAACAGUAGUGGAGGAGGUGGACUCUUUUACUCAGUCACGGCUGCAGUUACGCUCCAGUCCCUUUGGGUUUUAUUUCAGACCUUGCUGUAAUAUAAAAAGGAAGUUUACAAGACAUGACGUUGCUGCUUUUACAAAAGGACAUUCUAUUUAUUUCUGCAGUAAUUCUCAUGUCCUCUAAGUAGAGCUGUCACAGUGUGCACUACCUUAAAUUGUUUUGUUGUUGUUGUUGUUAAUUUUUUUUUCUGGUUUGAGCUAACGUGUUUUAUUUGUGAAUAGUCUUUUACAUUUUUGUAUGCUGAAUAUGGGCACCAAAGAACCUGUAAAAGUUAUCUUUUUCAAUUGAAUGUGCACAAAUAAAAGUUUGGAAAAGACCUCUCUUCACA